CCUGCCUCCAAAUUUAACCAACACAGUCCUCCUCUUCUUCUAUUUCUCUCUCUCAUGCAACCAAGCAUUCAACAAUGGCUGACCUUCUGGUAGGACACUUGGUUCCCUUUAGCAACCACGUCCAAGAAGACGCUUCAAUCCCCAAAAUACCCCUCUCCCGGGGCCGCAAUUCCAUCGGCCGCAACUCCGCCCCUUCCCUCACCGACAAGCGCCUCAGCCGCAACCACCUCUCCCUCUCCGCCGACGCCUCCUCCGCCGAUUUGGUCGUGGAGGGAAGCAAUCCGGUUGUGGUAACUAGCGGAAAUGAUAGGAAGAAACUGUAUCAUAAAGAAAGUAUGACGAUUCGAGACGGUGAUAUUAUAGAGCUGAUUCCAGGGCAGUAUAUUUUUCAGUAUAGGAAAUUGUGUGGUGAUAGUUAUGAGAAGUCUUCAAAUGGUGAAGAGAAGGCUGAGGAGUCUAGUCGAAAGCGGUCACAUCAGUUAGAAUGUGGGGAGAAUGGUUCGAAUUUGAAGCGUUUUAAGGGUGAGGUGGAAGGGAAGAGUGAUGAUGGUGGUGGUCGUGUGGAGGCGAUACGGCAUUUUCGUGUUCCUAAGGAUAAGUUACCACAGACGUUUCGGCUUUUGAAUGUGCAAGGACUGCCCCCGUGGGCGAAUACCUCGUGUGUUUCUAUAAAGGAUGUGAUUCAGGGAGACAUCCUUUUUGCUGUCCUUUCCAAUUACAUGGUAGACCUUGAUUGGCUGAUACCUGCUUGUCCAACAGUUGCAAAAAUCCCACAUGUAUUGGUUGUUCAUGGUGAGGGUGAUGGUACACUGGAUUAUAUGAAGAGAAAGAAACCUGCAAAUUGGAUUCUACACAAACCACCAUUGCCUAUUUCAUUUGGGACACACCACUCAAAGGCCAUGCUUCUUGUUUAUCCUCGAGGAGUGAGAAUAAUAGUACAUACAGCAAACUUAAUAUUUGUUGAUUGGAACAACAAAAGUCAAGGUUUGUGGAUGCAAGAUUUUCCCUGGAAAGAUCAAAGUAAUCCAAGCAAAGGUUGUGGAUUUGAACAUGACUUAAUUGACUAUCUCAGUGCACUGAAGUGGCCUGAGUUUUCUGUUAAUUUGCCUACCCUGGGAACCUUCAAUAUAAAUCCAGGAUUUUUCAAGAAAUUCGAUUACAGCAGUGCAGCAGUGAGGCUAAUUGCAUCUGUCCCUGGAUAUCAUACCGGUAAUAACAUGAAAAAGUGGGGACAUAUGAAACUACGUACUGUUCUCCAGGAGUGUACUUUUGAUAAAGAGUUUCGGAAAUCUCCUCUUGCUUAUCAGUUCUCCUCCCUAGGUUCUUUGGAUGAGAAAUGGAUGGCUGAGCUUGCACAUUCAAUGUCAUCAGGUUUUUCGGAUGAUAAAACUCCUCUCGGUCCUGGGGAGCCACGUAUAAUAUGGCCCACAGUAGAAGAUGUCAGAUGCUCUAUAGAGGGUUAUGCUGCUGGAAAUGCUGUUCCAAGUCCAGCAAAGAAUGUGGAUAAAGAUUUCUUGAAGAAGUACUGGGCAAGAUGGAAGGCAAGCCACACUGGCCGCUGUCGUGCAAUGCCACAUAUAAAGACAUUUACUCGAUACAGUGGUCAGAAACUUGCUUGGUUUUUGCUAACAUCAGCGAAUCUUAGCAAAGCUGCAUGGGGAGCUCUCCAGAAGAAUAAUUCUCAACUCAUGAUCCGUUCUUAUGAGCUUGGGGUGCUGUUUCUACCAUAUAAAACACGAAGUUCUGGAUUUUCUUGUACCAGUAAUGGGGUUCCAUCUGAGGAUAAAUCUGAAGAGUCAGAUAAUUCAGAAUCAAGGAGAAAUAAACUAGUGACUCUGAACUGGCAAGGGAACAGGAACACAGAUUCAUCAUCUGAAGUAAUCACAUUGCCUGUGCCCUAUGAACUCCCUCCUCAACCAUACACCACCCAAGAUGUUCCUUGGUCAUGGGACCGGCGAUACACCAAGAAAGAUGUUUAUGGUCAAGUUUGGCCGCGGCAAGUUCAGCUGUAUGCAGCAGCUCUUCAAGAUUCUUGAGAUCUCUUGUACAUUUAACUACAUGUCCUUGGCUUCUUUCCCAGCUCAAUUGUUCAAUUGUGAGCUGCCGUGGAAGAAAUCUCUAAUGCAUGUAACUUCUUGUAAAAUUUUCCUAAGUUUUCAUAUUCCGAUUGUUCCAACACAUUUCUUAUUCCA